AUGGAGAAACAUUUCAGCAAAUGCACAAACUCAGAGGUCACCCUGGCCAUAGAACAAGAGGACCCCAACAAGCUAGCUACCAGCUGGCCUGAUUACUAUAUAGACCGCAUCAACUCCAUGGCAGCUAUGCAGACACUAUUUGCUUUUGAUGAAGAUGAAAUGGAGAUGAGAAACAAGGUGGUAGAGGAUCUAAAGACAGCCCUCCGGACUCAACCAAUGAGGUUUGUGACGCGCUUCAUCGAGUUGGAUGGCUUGACGUGUCUUCUGAACUUCCUGAAGAGCAUGGACUAUGAAACCUCAGAGAGCCGCAUACAUACAUCCAUCAUCGGCUGCAUAAAAGCCUUGAUGAACAACUCCCAAGGCCGUGCCCAUGUACUGGCCCACCCGCAGAGCAUCAACACUAUCUCCCAGAGCCUCCGCCAGGACAACAUCAAGACCAAAGUUGCUGUGUUGGAGAUCCUGGGCGCUGUUUGCUUGGUGCCCGACGGGCAUAAGAAAGUAUUACAAGCAAUGGUACACUACCAGAAGUAUGCUGCAGAGAGGACUCGCUUCCAGUCUCUUUUAAACGAGCUGGACAGAAGUACAGGACACUACAGGGAUGAAGUAAAUCUGAAGACAGCCAUCAUGUCAUUCAUAAACGCUGUGCUGAAUGCUGGGGUUGGAGAGGACAGUCUAGAGUUUCGCCUUCAUCUUAGGUAUGAGUUUCUGAUGUUAGUAAUUCAGCCAGUCAUCGAGAAGCUGAGAGCACAUGAUAAUGCCACACUUGACAGACAUCUGGACUUUUUUGAGAUAGUGCGGAAUGAGGAUGAGUUAGAACUGGCCAAACGCUUUGACAUUACACACGUGGACACCAAGAGUGCUGGCCAGAUGUUUGAGCUGAUCAAGAAGAAACUGAGCAACACAGAUGCUUACCCCCACCUUCUAUCUAUCUUACAGCACUGCCUCCAAAUGCCAUAUAAACGUGGUGCAGGCAGUAUACAGCAAUGGCAACUUUUAGACCGCACCCUUCAGCAAAUUGUUCUACAAGAUGAAAAGGGAGAAAAUCCAGAUGUUUCACCCCUGGACAAUUUCAACGUUAAGAACAUCAUUAGAAUGCUUGUCAAUGAGAAUGAAGUGAAACAGUGGCGGGACCAAGCCGAAAAGUUCAGAAAAGAACACGUAGAGCUGAUGGCUCGGCUGGAAAGGAAAGAAAGGGAGUGUGACACCAAGACACAAGAGAAGGAGGAUAUGAUGAAGACACUCAACAAGAUGAAGGACAAACUACAGAAAGAAGGAGUGGAGUUGCGCUCUGCCAGGGAGCAAGUAUUAGACCUGUCCUCCCGAAUAGGUGACAUUUCAAGUGGUGGAGUUCAUUUACCCAUUCCCCCUCCGCUUCCUGGGAGCCCAAUGGCUCCACCUCCACCACCUAUGAUGAUGGAUAGCUUCCCUCCUCCUCCUCCACCUACUGCUUUCUCUAGCCCACCCCCACCACCUCCUCCACCUCCCCCGGGGGGUCCUCCACCCCCACCUGGGGCCCCGCCCAUCUUUUCUGGGGUUCCACCUCCACCUGGACCUGCUUCCAUUAGCUCCACAACCAGCCUGUGCACAAAGAGCAUCCCCCAACCUUCACAACCACUCAAAUCCUUUAACUGGUCCAAACUAGGAGAGAACAAGAUCACUGGUACCAUCUGGUAUGAGAUUGAUGACAGAAGGGCCUUUAAAGUUCUUGACCUAAAGGACAUUGAGAAGAUGUUUUCAGCUUACCAGAGGCAGCAAGAGCUGCUCUCUAACCAAUCCUUCAAGCAGAAAGAAACAGGAUCAAUGGAUGACCUUUAUGUGAGCUCGCGCAAAGUCAAAGAGCUGUCUGUUAUUGAUGGACGGAGGGCCCAAAACUGUGUCAUCCUGCUUUCCAAGUUAAAAAUGAGCAAUGAAGAGAUAAAGAGAGCCAUUCUAGAGAUGGAUGAGAGGGAAGAGCUGGCUAAAGACAUGUUAGAGCAGCUGUUGAAGUUUGUUCCUGAGAAAAGUGAUAUUGACCUUCUAGAGGAACACAAACAUGAGCUUGAGCGUAUGGCCCGGGCUGACCGCUUCCUGUUUGAGAUGAGCAGAAUCGACCACUAUCAACAGAGGCUCCAGUCUCUUUUCUUCAAAAAGAAGUUUGCAGAGCGCCUAGCAGAAAUAAAGCCAAAAGUUGAAGCUAUUCUGUGUGCGUCACGUGAGGUGAUGAGAAGUAAGCGCCUGACACAGGUUCUGGAAGUGGUUUUGGCAUUCGGGAACUUCAUGAACAAAGGACAAAGGGGCAAUGCAUAUGGUUUCAAAGUGUCCAGCCUCAACAAGAUAAUUGACACCAAGUCAAGUAUAGACAGGAACAUCACCAUGUUGCAUUACCUGAUAAUGAUCUUUGAGAAAAAUUACCCUGACAUCCUCAAUAUUCAACAGGACUUGGCCACUGUACCAGAAGCUGCCAAAGUCAAUCUGGCUGAGCUGGAGAAGGAAGUGUUUGUCAUUAGGAGCGGCCUGAAAGCUCUGGAGGCGUUUUCUAAGUCUCUGAAGCAUUUUGGAGAGGAGGAAGGUUGCAUGCAACCGGAUGAGUUCUUUGGAAUCUUUGACAUAUUCCUGCAGUCGUUCAGCGAGGCCCGACAUGAUCUAGAGAACAUGCAGCGACGCAAAGAGGAGGAAGAGAGGAGAAUGCGCAUGGAGGCCAUGCUGAAGGACCAGCGGGAACGAGAGAAAAGAGCAAAGAAAAGCACCGGAGGCAGUGUGUCAGAGGAGGUGGGGGAGUUUGAUGAUCUCGUAUCAGCGCUUCGCUCCGGUGAAGUCUUCGACAAGGACUCUAAACUUAAACGCAACCGCAAGCGCUCUGUCAACCAACUGGUGGAUGGUGGGGGUCGUGAAAGACCAGUCACCAAGGUGAACUAUUGACCUCAGUGAAUACAGUUGGAAGGAGAUCAGAAUUUUAUAUUCACAGACUGACAGGGAACUCUCUUGAAAUGCCAUACACUGCCCACUAAUUUCCCUUUUGCUCAGACCAGUAAUAACUGACAAGCUCAAAGAUGGACAGGCUCACUGUAAGAUAGUCUGGUUUAUCCGCAGAUGUGAAGGAUGCCCUGCAAUCUCUCUCUUCUUGUGUCUGCUUGUUCCUCCUUCUUGAUAUGUACAGUCACUCAUACUGAUCUCUUACUCUUGUUUUUUUUUUGUGGCGAAAUGCACAACCUGAGUUCCAGUCUGGUGCUGCGAGGUCUCACAAUGUCAUAAGAGGUGCACAUCACUUGUAGAAUCCAUAUGGUUAUCCUUCUAACCUGCCAAGGUUAUUGUCCUUUCUCGGCCACCCAUUUCCAUGCUCUAAUUUUAGGAGAUUAGGAAAGAGUCCCAUUUUUGGAAAUCUGGUACCUCUAGUCUUCGGAUCCAACUGUGCUUUUCAAUUUAAAAGAUGCAGCUGGUGCUUCCUAAACCUGAAAAUUAAGGGGGGGAAAAAGAAAAUAUUGUUCAAUCCUGGAUGUUGGAACUACCACACCGGAGAUAUGACACUGUGGAUGCAGCCUUACAGGUUGGGAUACUCCUUCCCCAAGUGCCUCUACAUUAACGGCAUUCCGAGGACUACCUCCUGUAGGGAGAUACUGAUGAGAGAAAAGAGCACUUUCUCACAGAUACAGAGAAUAUGAUAACCGGAAGUCUAAAAAUACGCUGAGUGUAUUUAAUGGCAG